AUGCCUAUCAAAAUUUCCUCGAAUCUAUCUAUCUAUCUAUCUAUCUAUCUAUCUAUCUAUCUUAGUUUAUUCAUAUCUAUCUAUCUAUCUAUUUAUCACAGUCUGUUCAUGACUGUCUGUCUAUUUCAUUUGUUCAUAUCUAUCUAUCUAUCUCAGCCUGAUCAUAUCUAUCUCUCUAUCUUAGUCUGCUCAUAUCUAUGUCUGACCUCAUAUCUAUCUAUCUAUCUAUCUAUCUAUCUAUCUAUCUAUCUAUCAUUUGUUCAUAUCUAUCUAUCUAUCUAUCUAUCUAUCUAUCUAAGUCUGUUAAUAUCUAUCUAUUUAUUACAGUCUGUUCAUGUCUAUCUGUCUAUCUCAGUCUGCUCAUAUCUAUCUGUGACGUUAUAUCUAUCUAUCUAUCUAUCUAUCUAUCUAUCUAUCUAUCUAUCUCAGUCUGAUCAUAUCUAUCUCUCUAUCUUCGAAUAUUUCAGUCUGCUCAUAUCUAUCUGUGACCUUAUAUCUAUCUAUCUAUCUAUCUAUCUAUCUAUCUCAGUUUCUCCAUAUCUAUCUAUCUAUCUAUCUAUUGAUUUGAAGUACUUUUCAUUGGAUCAAAGCAAGCGUUCCUCCUGGUGCCAAUGUUUGGAACUACGAGUUUCUCGUGAAAGGAUUGAUGUGAAAAAGUUACGCCUGUACGAACCGGAUGAUCAAGGAAUGGAAUGCUUUCUCUUGUGA